AUGACAUUUGAUGCUGAAGAUGUAGAGGAAGACAUGGGGGACCACAACGAUCCUUUGGUUCUCACGUUACCAGUAGCGGGGUGCAACAUCAAGAAGAUUCUGAUUGACGGAGGGAGUUCAGUCAACGUUCUGUUUUAUGAUACGUUCAAACGAAUGGAACUGAAUGAUGAGCAAUUGAUGUCUUCUUACUAUAUCAUUUAUGGAUUCAACGGUGCACCAAAGAAGCCUCUAGGAUACAUUGUGUUAGAAGUAAAGGCAGGACCAAUGAAAGUCGAUACCCGAUUCAGUGUGGUAAACGCUCCUUCUCCCUACAAUUCCAUUAUCGGCCGAAGAUGGGUGCACAAACUCAAAGGUGUAGCAGCAACAUAUCACCAAUACCUUAUAUUCCCAACACCGGAAGGGGUAAUGGAAAUUAAGGGCGAUCAGGUCACCGUACGAGAGUGCUAA